GGCCGUCUGGAAGCCCGCUUCGCCCGAGACAAGUCCCCCGUUGAGCAGAUCUCUCGAUCUCUCUGGGGGAUCUGGAAGUCCCCGUUAUUUCUAGGGUGUCGUGGUGGUGGUGGUGGUGGUGGGGAGUGCGCGACGGCGGAGAAGCCGGGGGAAUCCACAUCGAGAGAUCUGUGGGACCCAGGUUGGGGAAGGGGCUAGAAAGGACCCCUUCCCGCCGCUCCCCUUUGCCCAUGCUUUUGAGGCGGCUUGUCGCCAGCCCUUUCACAAUCCCUCCGGAGAACGGGAGUUGAUCUAUUACCUCAAGCUGGGAGGCCACCAGAUCCCCACCCCACGGCACCCCCGUCGGCUGCUUUUUCAGAUCGUGGAUGAGCCAAGGGCCACCAGCGGGGCGACAAGAUGCAUUGCGAGCGGUUUAUAUGUAUCUUGAGAAUACUCGGGACCACCCUAUUUGGGGUGUCGCUCCUGCUUGGAAUCUCAGCUGCUUACAUCGUGGGGUACCAGUUUAUUCAAACGGACAACUAUUAUUUUUCCUUUGGACUCUAUGGUGCUAUUCUGGCAUCGCACCUCAUCAUCCAAAGCCUGUUUGCCUUUCUCGAACACAGGAAAAUGAAGAGGUCUCUCGAGACACCCAUCAAGCUGAAUAAAACUGUUGCCCUUUGCAUUGCUGCCUACCAAGAGGACCCCGACUACUUGCGGAAAUGUUUACUUUCAGUGAAGAGGCUCACAUACCCUGGGAUUAAGGUGAUUAUGGUCAUCGAUGGGAAUUCUGAAGACGAUGUUUACAUGAUGGACAUCUUUAGUGAAAUCAUGGGCAGGGAUAAAUCGGCCACUUACGUCUGGAGGAAUAACUUUCACCAGCGAGGCCCCGAUGAGACCGAAGAGUCCCAUAAAGAGAGCAUGCAGCAUGUCACCCAGCUGGUCUUGUCCAACAAAAGUGUCUGCAUCAUGCAGAAAUGGGGCGGGAAAAGAGAAGUAAUGUACACAGCAUUCAAAGCGCUGGGGAGAAGCGUGGAUUAUGUACAGGUAUGUGAUUCUGAUACAAUGCUUGAUCCAGCUUCAUCCGUGGAAAUGGUAAAGGUUUUAGAAGAAGAUCCAAUGGUUGGAGGUGUUGGGGGAGAUGUACAGAUUUUGAACAAGUAUGAUUCGUGGAUCUCCUUUCUCAGCAGCGUCAGAUACUGGAUGGCCUUUAACAUUGAAAGGGCAUGCCAGUCGUACUUUGGCUGCGUGCAAUGUAUCAGUGGACCUUUGGGGAUGUACAGAAACUCCUUGCUGCACGAAUUUGUGGAAGACUGGUACAAUCAAGAAUUCAUGGGAUCCCAGUGUAGCUUUGGAGAUGACAGACACCUCACCAACCGAGUCCUCAGCCUCGGCUAUGCAACGAAAUAUACCGCUCGAUCAAAGUGCCUUACUGAAACACCCAUAGAAUAUCUCAGGUGGUUGAACCAACAAACUCGUUGGAGUAAAUCCUAUUUCCGAGAGUGGCUGUACAAUGCAAUGUGGUUCCACAAGCAUCAUCUGUGGAUGACCUACGAGGCCGUCAUCACCGGUUUCUUCCCAUUUUUUCUCAUCGCCACGGUCAUCCAGCUUUUCUACCGAGGGAAGCUAUGGAACAUUCUCCUUUUCUUGUUGACAGUCCAGCUGGUGGGCCUUAUAAAGUCUUCCUUCGCCAGCUGCCUUAGAGGGAACAUUGUCAUGGUGUUCAUGUCCCUUUACUCUGUGUUGUACAUGUCAAGUUUACUUCCGGCCAAGAUGUUUGCAAUCGCCACGAUAAACAAGGCAGGAUGGGGCACAUCAGGCAGAAAAACAAUUGUGGUCAAUUUUAUAGGGCUCAUCCCAGUGUCCAUUUGGUUUACAAUCCUCUUAGGUGGUGUUAUUUUCACAGUCUACAAGGAAUCGAAAAAGCCAUUUUCUGAAUCCAAACAAACAGUGCUGAUUAUCGGUACGAUACUUUACGCGUGCUACUGGGUGAUGCUUUUGACUUUGUACUUGGUUCUCAUCACCAAAUGUGGUAGGCGGAAGAAAGAACAGUACGACAUGGUGCUUGAUGUAUGAUUUGACCACUGUGUCUUUAUCGUUUUAUUUUUUUCGGGCUGCCCAUGGGAAGUUUUUCAAGCGACCUGAUGAUGAACCUUCUAGGGUUUGUGGCACUGAAUUUGAUACCAUCAAGGAAAAAACGGAUCACUGCUGCUUGGAACUGAAAAUUAACGAAAACAUGACCAUGCCAAAGCAAACUAAAACUAAAUAUGUGAUUGUGCCUUGUGGGGGGGAGGGGAAAACGAAAUCACAUGGAUUUAAACCCAUUCCUGUGGGUAGUCUCUGAUGAUGCACUUUCUUCUGUUGUGCGUAUGCCCAAAAGUGUUAACGUCCUAUAUAUACCUCAUUGGUCAUGCUCUUGAUGUGGACGGGCAUGGAAGAAAGGGAGUCUUGGAGACAGAAGCAAAGGAUCUGGGAACCCCUUGCAACCUAAUUUAUGAACUUCUUGUUCUGUGAUUUACCUAGGAAGGUCUUUGUGGGUGUGCGUGUGUAAGCGGGUGUGGGUGUACCUGUUGGUAUAUGUUUGUACGUCGACAAGUUUGUGUGUUAGGCUGUCAAUUGUAAUUCCAAAGUCAAUUUUUAUAAGGUUUGAUGACCAAGUGUGGUUUUUACUUUGUAUAAUUGUAAUUAUUUGACUUUGUUUACUUUUUAUCAAUUUUUUUUAAAAAAAACAAUCUCGUAUUUUAUAUCCACCAAAAAGUACACUCUUUCCUUCCUUGCCCCACAUUCCUACAGUCUCUCUUCUAUUUCAAACAGGCUUUGAAAAAAAUGCCUCCUUUAAAAACAAACGAAACCUUUGCCCACAAUGUGAAAAUGAAUGCUGAUUUUAUAUAUAUCUAUAUAUUUUUCACAAUGGAAAGAAUAAAUCUUCUCUCUGUACUUACGAAUAGUUAUUUCUGUAAAAGUAUUUAAGAAUGUGCUUUUGGUUUUAAUUUUGUACGAAAAAUGCCAACUUUGUGUUAGUUUUUGGAGACAAAAUCGUUGUGCGCAAGGGAGAGCCCAAUCCUCCAGGAAGUUCUUCAGCACAAAACCCAUUGAAAUGAAUGGUCAACUGCUCAAUUCAAAUGAGGCCUGCGACAAAAUGUUGCAGUGUGAAAUGCUUUGUUCAGGGCUCCAGUCGUCUGUGCCCUCUUCCAAGAUUGUCCGUUCCUUGGUGCUUCCUCACAGAAACAGCUUUCUUCCCUCAACAGAUUAACAGCAUUAAGAACUUCCUGAGGGAUUGUGCCCAGCAAGGCCAAAGGGAUAGAUAUGUGCAAUCUUUUUCCACUCAGAAAUGUGGUAAGAGGGAAUAUUAACUCCUGUCAGAUAGUGCACAUUUGAGGAUUAAAAAUAUGCCUUAAUAGCUCUUCUUCUCACACACACCCAUGAAUCUGGUUCUGAACCCAGCAUUUUCUAUUGAUUUUUAACAAAAGAUCUCCCAGUAUUGAUCAGAUUUCUUAUUAUCAUUAUUUGAACAGUGGGACUAUAGCAUAUCUCUUGGUUUCCAUUUUAGAAUUUCUGUUAGCUUGGAUGACCUCAUGAAUUUGUCUGGCAUCUCCCCUGAACAAUUGGAACACGUUUGGUGCAAGAUUUCAGCUUUAGUGCUUUUCGGCCCUACUCGGAAACCAGUGGCAGAAUUUAAAUUUUGUAUGGCAACAAAAUAAUCUGUUAUCACCUCAUAAUGCAGGUGUGGAAUCAAAUUUUUUAUUUUUAUUUUUCCUGUAUAUGAAAAAGCACCCUACAUAUAUUAACUUUGCCCAGAGGGACAAUGUUUUAGCAUGCCUUUCUCAGGCACGUACUGAAAUAAUAUCAGCAAAUGACUCAAUAAAGGAAACCACAGUCUUGAGCUUGGAAAGCAGGGCUAUACAUGAUAGGAUCUUUAGAAUGUCACUCAUUCAUGGGGUUGCCAUGAGAGCACCACGUUGAUAACAAAUAUUCAAAACAUUCAAGAAUCGUCUAAAAUAAGGGCCUUCCAAUAUGCCCUUCCCCUAAAGUUGUAUAGUCCAGAAUUCUAUCACCUCAAUUUCUAAAAUGAAGGUUUAAGGUUAUAUUCGUAACUGGAUGACUUAAUUUUACUUAUAAUUAAUGGGGAGAGGGGGAAAAAGAGUAGCUUAAAGCUCCUGUUUCAGGGAAGAUUCCAGUUUUAGCCCUACUGAAGAGAAGAUUCAUUGAAAUCAAUGAGAAUUAAGUUGUUCAUGGCUAACUCAGAGUUCAUUAAUUUCAGUGGCUCGACUAAAUCUAUUAUUACUUUACCUUUUCCACCACCAAUGACUUCCCCAUUCAUUUUGAUGGCCAGAGUAGCUUCUGGUGUUCACAAAAGUGAAUGGUGUCCUCUUUUUAGAUAGAAGAAUCCCAUGUUUAUAAAU